CAACUUUCCUUGAUUCAUAUCUCCUAAACUUCUUUUGCUUCAAUCCUUUUCAUUUGCCAUAAAUGGAAGAUUACCAAGGAAACUGCUGUGAGAAGUUCUUUAGGACAAGCAGGCAACAAGAAUCCUCACCUGCCAGGAUUGCCUCCAAUCCUAAGAACAGAGAAGCACCUGAAGCUGUUACCAUUGAGUUUGACCACACAAGCAAGCUCCAGCAGAAAGAUGGAAAACUGCAUCAAAUUGCUCCAGGGAAAUCUGCUCCCAAGCAGGGAAAUGGGCAGUCUGAACAGGGAGAAUUUCCCAAAAAUGGGCAGCCUCAAGGUAGCCGGGAAGCUGCAGGGAAGAAAACCGUACAACAUAUUGAGGACAGGUUCACAGAUUUUAUCAAUCGUGCAAAGUCUAAGCUCAGAAGAACUAUGUCCAACGUUGGGGAAGGAAAAAGCUCACCAGUUGAGAAAAAUCAUCAUGGUGGAAAAGACAAGGAUCAUCAUGAUGGAAAAGAAUCAAAAGAACAUCAUUUUCUGGAUUAUAUCAAGCGUGCCGGGAUGAAGAUCAGAACUACCACCUUCAAGGACAGGACUGAGUAAACCUAAGGUUGAGUGACUAAAUAAGACCAGGCCGGAAAACAAGCUCAACCUGCUUAUUAAAAACAUACGUUUGUAUGAGGGGUAUCCAGUGCUUGUAGUGUGUUUUAUUUCUAAUUAUUGUAUUUUUUUUUUUUUAAAUAGAUCCUUAUGGGGAUUGAAUGCAAUAAAUUUUUCUUGCCAAA